CUGUUCACCAUGAGACCCGGCCUUAUCUAUUUCUUACUGCUUUUGGUUGCCAUACCAAAUGAGACCUUUCGGCAGGUGCAGAUUCCCCCCGCUGUCGUGGUACACGAAUGGCUCCCUGGGACAAAUAACCAGACAAUUACUAUGCCUUCUUCGCUCCUCUGUGCCAUGAUUUCUUUCCAGAAUGCCUGCAUAGCUUUUGAUUACCAAGAUCAAACAUGCGCCCUGGAGGGAUGCAAUUACUUCUCAAAGCAGAACGGCAAUGGGCAAGUGGCUCCGUCAUCUGUGUUCAUGAAUCUUGUCAAUGUAGCCAAAAACAAACCGACUUACAGCAAUCCUUCUUACCCUUCGCGUGGAAGUAAAAAUGUAGUGGACGACAAUAACUGCCGAAACGACACAUACUGCGGCCUAAUGACUUACUCCAUAAGCAAUCCUUGGUUCCUGGUUGACAUUGGGACAGCGAGAAAGAUCUUCAUGGUUGACCUGGGCCCAUGCACUAAUAACCCUAUAUCAAGAAUUGAGGUGAGGAUUGGACAGCAGCAGGAGUCCGGAAACUUCACCUCCUACCAGCUGUUUGGAAGUCGCCCUACCUUCAACAGGACCAAUCGGUAUCUCUUCUCCCACCCAGACGGCAUUUUGGGAAGAUUCGUCAGCGUGCAAAGUAUGAUCUCUACCAACUUCUAUUUGUGCGACUUGGAGGUCCUUGCAUUGAGCAUUUGAAAAUCUCUCUCUCUCUCUCUCUCUCUCUCUCUCUCUCUCUCUCUCUCUCUCUCUCUCUCUCUCUCUCUCUCUCUCUCUCUACUUAUCUUGCGAUGAACUCGUAGGUGAAACUUAACAUCGAAAUAAUAACAUAGUUAUUAUAAUCGUAUUGCAAACGCAACAGCGAGUGUCCCGAGAGUUAAUAUCGAUAAAGUUCAUACUUGCAUGAAGUCAUCUCUUCACCUAAAAGUCUUUCUCUUUUCAUAUCUGCAUUGUCCCCUUAAAUGUGGCCAUAUGUGAAUAUAUCCUAAUUAGUUGUUUUUAUUUGUCUGUCACACGGAUGGUCCACAAACGAGAUGUUUUUGUCUUCGAAGGGACGCAACCACAUGUCCUCUGGGACGACGUGACAUCAUCAUAUCUCCAGCGAAAUAAUCAAAGGAGAAAGAAACCGACCGAUUGACUGAAGGUGAAUGCAAUCAAUUUUCAAAUGUAAAUGAAGAAAAUCAUAGAAAUGAUGGAAAGAAGAAUAAGCAGGAGGAUGAGGAGGAGGAGAGACAAAAGAAACUGCAAAUGAUUAUGAAUAUAUUCCCCUCCGUGAACAGUUUGAUUUUAGAGAGAAAACUAGAAAUCAAAAACUCUCAUGUAGUAAAUUACGUGGACGAUAUAAUUUAGCUACUAAAUAUCUUGACACUUUCGUUUAACUAAAUGCUUAUAUAUUGACAGAGUUUGUUCCACGAAAGGGAGCUAUAGCAAUAUAGAAUAAGAUAUAGAAUGACGUUCAAGAAAAUAUCCCAGAAAUCCGCCCCUCCAUCUUUAAAGUUAUAAAUCCUGUUAAGUAUAGGUGAAUUAAUAUCACUAUGUUAAGAUGACAUCGCUAGCUCGGUCGGUGUUCAAAUUUCCUCUGGAAUACAUUACAGAAAGUUUAAUACAGGAAUUGUAA